CCUCCCCGUCAUUCCGGACAGCGCUUCACCAGCAACUCGUAGGCGAUUUCAGUCCGAUCUUUGUAAAGUCGGACUCUUAAACAGAAGAGACGUGAACGAAAUUACAAAUUUUAAAAAAUCUGAAAUGAUCUUCCACUUCAGGAUUUCUUUUUUUAUAGAUGCGCUUCUCCCCUAGACCAGUUCGCCAUCGCGGUUCGGGAGGACUGACAACAUUUCUGCACUUUUCCAUCUAAUCUCUCUGCUGCCAUCUCUAUUGUCUGAAGCCGGAGGUCACGAUACAGCAGCUUAUCGAGAUCUCUAUCUGCGCGAGGCCACGCGUGCACGAUUUCCCCGCUAAUUAAAGCGCGAUAAAGAGCGGCAGAUCAGUCAGAGUGCGGCCGGUCUCCGGUUUAGGGAGGGCUGUUGUCGGAUUCUCCGCAAAUAAGUGAAGUGAUCUGUGAGGAGGAAGAGGAGGAUGCUUAAGGAGAAAAGAAGCCACGGAACCGCGUGCGCUUAGGAGCCAGAGUUGGACAGCAGGGAGGACAUUAGGGACACACUUUUCUGGACCUGUCAGCUUAUCACGGUGGUCCCGUGGAACUGAGAAUUGGCGGGAAACUUCUCUGAGGGGGAAAAAUGAUGCUGAGUCCGGACCAAACCGACCCCGACCUGCCGUGGAGUCAGUCGGACGCCGAGACCGUGCUCGGUGACAUCAAGGCCAGCUGCCUCUCGGACGAGCCGACGGACGGAGAGGGCAAGCCGAGGCCGCUGGCUCCUCAGGCCCUGACCCGCGAGGAGAAGCGGAGGCGGCGGCGCGCGACCGCCAAGUACCGGUCAGCUCACGCCACGCGAGAGCGGAUCCGCGUGGAGGCGUUCAACGUGGCUUUCGGCGAGCUGAGGAAACUGCUGCCCACCCUGCCCCCAGACAAGAAGCUGUCCAAGAUCGAAAUCCUGAGACUAGCCAUCUGCUACAUCUCCUAUCUGAACCACGUCCUGGACGUUUAAAGCAGGAAAAGAGUGGUUUUAAAAUGGCGUCCUGUUUUGCAGUUUUUGGGGGGUAUGGGGGGUUUUGGGGAGGGUAGGGGUUAUUACCCUUCACUCUGCAGUGUUUGAGUGAGAGCUGAGCUGUUGUUGGUGGUGCAGGAGGUUUGAUACUGCUUGAUACCACUUGAUAAUAGCUAUCACCCAAGUGUUCGUCAAACUUUAGGUAUUAGCGACUUUGAGUUAUCCUCUCAGAACAGUGGUUUCCGAAGUCAGUCCUGGGGGCCCCAGGUGCUCUGCAUAUGUUUAGAGGGAGUUGCUAUGGCUCGGAGUGGUCCAGCGGGCUAAGCACUGCCACUAUGAUCAGGAGAUCAGGAGGUCGCUGAUGCAAAUCUUGUUCAUGUAGCUUGCCAUCGGCUACCAGAGCCCUGAAAGAGAGCACAAUUGGCCUUGCUCUCUCUAGGUGGGUUGAUGGAGCUCUUUCCCCACAUCACAUCAAGGGUGAUGUCUGCAGCACGAGGCAUCUGUAAGCUGAUGCAUCGGAACCGAGUCGCUGCGCUUUCCUCCGAGCUAAUUGGCAACUUGGCAAUGCUGCAUCAGCAGCAAUUCCAUUAGCAGUGUAAAUUGGGGAGAAAAUGGGAAAACAAUAGAAAUAAAAUUAUCUAAAAAAAAAGGGGAGGUUGCUACCUGAUCCAGCACAUGGGAAGCUUUUUAAUUAAUGCUAGAUUAGAUGUUUUGCAGAGUGUGGGGUCCCCAGGUCUCCAGGUUCAAGUUUGGGAACCCCUGAACUAGAGUGUAUAUAAUGUCCCCUUUAACUAUGGUGAGUACUCCAAGAGUCGUAAACCAUUUAAAAGACUGAGGUCCCUAACUUGGCUGUAUGUGGGGGUUAAAAGAAAGUUGCAAUAAAGCCAAAAGGGACUUUAAAAUCACUGGAAUUAACCUUCUUUGCGGCAGUCCCGGAUGACCACAACAGUAUGGACAAAGUGGAGAGUGCGGGCUCUAUAGAUGACCAGUUGCACUGAAGUGAAAUUGAAGGACGGCCAACAUGAAGAGCAUAAGUGCUCCCCCAUCCCGAUUAGCUGCUCUGUAGAUCUAGCAAGUAGUUUUUCCAGUCAGGAAAAUAACGAGAUACGUAUAAGUGCCACUUAAAAUAUAACGUUGUGACCUUAACCAUCCUUAUUUAUCUAUUUAUUUGUUUUUUUAAACUAUUUAUUGAUUUAUUUAAUUAUUUAUUAAUAAAAUUAUUUAUUUAGUUUGCUUCGGUUUUUAUUUAUUUAUCGUUUUCUGUUGAGAAAGUGUUGUUUUUAGAUAAAUGUACAGUAUGCUGGGUGUUCGUACGUAGCCUAUUGCAGAAGCAACGUUACCAUAAGUGUUAGACUGUGACAUUCAACUUUUCAUGAAAAAAAAAGAAAAAAUGUUAAAAGAAUCCAACUGCACUUUUUCAGUGUUUACUUAUUUAUAUUGGAUAUAUUUUGUGAUGAAAUUAGAGAUAGGCUAUUAUGAGAACUGAUUUUCCUCAGAGGUCUGUCCUUAGCCCGUGACCAUAGCCCACAGAACAGAAGUAGCCUAGCUUAGUGCUAAAAACAAAAACAAACCUUAAGGCUGCUCUGUAGUUAUGGCCAUUUGAAGAGAAACACAUGAACAUAUAGAAAGAAAAAUUCGGAACUAGUAUGGAAACACACGAAGGAGGAACACAAACCUAAACAAAUAUGUGUUUAACUGUGUUUUUACUGGUCUAUGAGAGGAUAUUUACUAAGGAAAGGACAGAGGAAGUAAAGAAAACACUUCCUGAUGUGACCAAAUAUGACAUCUUAAGUCUGAUCUUUAUUUUAUUGUUUGUUUGUAUGUUUGAUUUGUUGAUGUUCAUGUGUCGCUGUUUAAAAUAUUUUUAUUUGUGUAUUCAUUUCCGCACUGAGACAGAUAAUUACAAUAAGUUAUUUUAUAGUGGGGGAAAAAUAUUUGCUAUCCAAAGAAUUCUCGUCUUUUCAGGGUUGUGCCCUUAUUGCUUUAUGCACAUAUUUUGUAGUAGAGUUGCUGUGACAGCUGGUUUUUAAACAAAAGCAUUUUUUCAUAUUUUACUGGUGAGUUGUUUUUUUUUAAAUAAAACAAUAAUAAGAGAAACCGACAAAUGACUCAAGUCUUUUUCCUGUUUACUAAUGAGAAACAAGAACUAUGUGUGGUGGAUAUGUGUGAUUUGAUUUUAAAACUUCGGAACUUUAAUUGGGUAGUGUAGUGGGUAACAACACUGCCUUCAAGGUGGCCAAUAUGGGUUUGGUUCACAGACCAGAUAAACGGAUCACUCUACGCCAAUAAGAGCAGCUGGAUUUCAAACGUUGCAUUUGAUUACCUGUGCAACCCUUUCUCUUGUCAGUGUAUUAACAAAAACAGCAACCAAGGAUCCAAUCCAACUAACACAAAUGUAUUAGUGAGCAACUUUAUGAAUUGCCUCAUGUUUUUGUAGUAAUUUUAUGGAUUGUCUUAAAUUUUGUAGUAAAUUUACAGAUCUAAUUAUCUGUAAGAACUUUAGGGAUUCUAUAAAAAUCUGUAUCAAAUGUACAGAUUGUGUCAUUCACUUUAGCAACUUUAACUAAUUUUCUGUAGCAACUUUACAGAUUGUCUUAUUUUGUGUAGAAACUUUAUGUUUGCCUAAAAAUCUGUAGCAAAUUUACAGAUUGUUAAUUUUCUGUAGCAACCUUACAAAUUGAUUUUUUGUGUGAAAACUUUGGUCUACAAUUCUUAACUUAUAGAUUGUCUUAAAUUUUGUUACUACACAGACUUUCUCAUUUUCUGUUGCAGCUUUACAGAUUGUCAGAUUUUUUGUAGAAACUUUAUAGAUAGUGUAAAAUUCUGUAGCAACUUAACUGAUUGCCUGACAUUUCGAUGCUACACAGAUUUUCUGUUGUGAAUUUACAGAUUAUCUUAUAUUUUCUGUAGAACUCCAUAUAAUGUCAUCAUUGUACAAAAAAUGUCUAAAUAAAAAAAUCCCAUUUA